ACCCAAACUCGAACCCCCCAGCAGCGAAGCAUCCACCUCCAAACCCUAGCCCGCUCCUCCUCCCUCUCCGGUCCGAUGGCCCGAACGAAGCAGACGGCGCGCAAGUCCACUGGCGGCAAGGCGCCCAGGAAGCAGCUGGCGACCAAGGCGGCGCGGAAGUCUGCCCCGGCCACCGGCGGCGUGAAGAAGCCCCACCGCUUCCGCCCCGGCACCGUCGCCCUCCGCGAGAUCCGCAAGUACCAGAAGAGCACGGAGCUGCUCAUUCGCAAGCUCCCGUUCCAGCGCCUGGUGAGGGAAAUCGCCCAGGACUUCAAGACCGACCUCCGCUUCCAGUCCUCCGCCGUCUCCGCCCUGCAGGAGGCCGCCGAGGCCUACCUCGUCGGCCUCUUCGAGGACACCAACCUCUGCGCCAUCCACGCGAAGCGCGUCACCAUCAUGCCCAAGGACAUCCAGCUCGCCCGCCGCAUCCGCGGGGAGCGUGCCUAGGUUUUCGGUCGCCGCCGGUGACAGCACUGGGUAGUAGCCGCUCGUGUAUGGUGGUCUGGUUCUUCUGUUGGUGGUGUUGAUAUUAUGUGUCGUUCGGUCCAUUGUAGCCCGAUUCUGGAAUGAACUUGCAAUGGAAAGUUAUUCAUUCAGAUAUCAUCUGCUGCUAAUUUUGUCCUCUGUUUGCUGCUUGAUUACUAUGUUAUUUUGCAAUUGUGUUCGAUGUAGUAUGUUGCUGCAGCGACAGGGUUGAACCAUACAUGGUGCAAUGCCCAUAGAUUUGGUAGUA